UGUCACUUCGGGUUGCUCAUUGGAAUACCCUUGCUCGAAGUCAAGAUUCCAUAGCUUUGGUCUGCAAGCUUCUUCUCUUCCUCAAGUGAUCUCCCAGUUGUCCCCCCGUCCGACGCAAAACCUGGUCUUUACGCCUUUCCUUGAGCUUCUCACUCAUGGAUAUCUGCAAUAGCCACUUGUCGUAUUCAUCUACUAGAUGGCCCAAUGAUUGCCGCUACGAAGUCUUUCUCAGUUUCAGAGGAGGAGAUGUUCGGGGGGGCUUCAUUGAAUUUCUCUACGAAGGCCUCGCUGAUUCAGGGAUCUAUGCAUUUAUCGAUCAUCGUGGGAUCGAGAUAGGAGAAGAGAUCAUGCCGACAAUCUUAGAAGUGAUCAGGCAAACGGAGAUAUGCAUUCCCAUCUUCUCCAAAGAUUUCGCUUCCAGUAAGAGUUGUCUGACGGAGGUGGCGGAAAUGGUGGCGCGUGAUAGGACAAUCAUGCCCAUUUUCUACGACGUCAGCCCUUCAGUAGUCGGCAAACAGGAGGAGAGUUAUCAAAACUCCUUCUCCACCCAUGCGGCCCUGGGGUUGAGAUCAGCGACUAUAGACAACUGGAAGAAGGCACUGCGCAGUGUUUCAACCAAGCGAGGAUGGGAAUUGGAGAAAUUUAAUCACUGGGAGCAUGAACUUAUAAAGGAGGUUGUUUACACGGUCCGCCGACUGUUGAGGAAGGAUGACUUAGAUGUGACAGAACAUUUAGUGGGGAUGGAUCACCAUGUGCAAGUGAUGAUGAAAAAACUUGGUGUUCGCUAUGAAAAAGGACUAGUAGUUGAAGGGCAAAUGCUGACGGGAAAAUGUGUGGUUGAGAUAUCGGGCCUUCCAGGAAUUGGUAAGUCGACUCUUGCCACUGUUGUUUACAACAAAAUCCAUCAUCUCUUUGAAGGUAAGAGCUUCCUUAAAGAUAUCCAUGGAGAAGUUGAGCAAAGGAGACUCCUGUCUCUCCAAGAAAAUUUAAUUAGUGAUCUCCAAAAGAAAAGAUGUACGCUCAGAUCUUCUGCUGAAGGUACCAAAUUUAUCCGCUACAAAUUUACAAAUUUGAGGGUUCUCAUAAUCCUAGACGAUGUUAGUGAUUUUAAACAAAUCGGCCCGUUAGCUCGAGAUCCAAAUUGGUUCGGUCCAGGAAGCAGGAUCAUCGUGAUUUCUAUGAGAUGCAAUCUUGUUGAUGAGUAUAUUCAGGCACCGAUAGAAACUGCUGAUCUAAGUGUGCUUGGUCAUGCAAGCGAGAGGAUUGUGACCUCCAGCAGAAGUAGUUCUGUUAACAUUUGUGAUGACAUCCUCGUUGAAAAAUUCGAGCUGAAGCAAAUGAAUGAUGUCCAUGCUUUUCAAAUGUUCAGUAUGUAUGCUCUUAAAGGAGGACCUCUUCGAGAGGAAAUCGCCUCUGUGGCAUGGGACAUUAGUUUGGCUGCCGAAGGGCUUCCUUUUCUUAUUAAGAUUGUCGGUUCACUUUUAUGGGGAAAGCCCAUAACGUUUUGGAAGGAGGCAUUGGAUCGAUUGAAGCAAGAGACUUUCUCUAAGGAAGUCAAAGGAAUUCUGAAGGCAAGAUAUGAAGCUUUAGAGUACAGUGCCCAACAGAUUUUUCUUGAUGUAGCUUGUUUUUUUUUGGGAAAGGACAAGACAAUAUCCUCUUACAUGUGGGAAGCUUGUAAAUACCAUCCUACCACACGGAUUGCUGAGCUUCAAGACAAGUCUUUGGUAACAACCACGGACAAUAAUGUAUUUUGGAUGCAUAAUCAAGUAAAAUUCCUGGGGAGGGAGAUUGUCGAGGAGGAAAAUCCAAGUAAACCUUCCAAGCGUAGUAGGCUUUGGAAUCAGGAGGAUAUGGCACGAGUACUGAAUGAAGAAAAGGUCGCUACGGUGGAAGCCCUCACUGCCUCGUUUGACAACCCUCGUUCAUUUGGUAAACGUAGAUUUUUCCAUAAUUUCUCAAAUCUUAGGUAUCUUGAAAUGAACUGCCCUAUUUUAAAGGGACAUAAGCAAACUUCAAGGAACUCCAGAGAGGAUCUUUUGCUUCCAUGGUUAAAGUGGCUUGAAUGGCAAAGGUGCCUCAAUAUCUCCAUUCUACUAGCUUUAGAUCUAUCCAACUUGGUCUAUCUUAAUCUGUCUGGGAGUACCUCCAGAAAUUGGCGGUGUUGGAAGCAAAUUAUAAAGAAGGCCAAAAACUUGAAAGUUUUGAUCCUAAAAGGUAGUCGUUGGCUAGCUAAAUCUCCAAUUUCCCAUGCUCCUAUAAACUUAGAGAGACUAAACCUGGAACGUUGUUCUAUUUUACCUCCGCUUGUUAUGAGGUCCAUAAGCAAGCUAAGGAACUUAGUUUCUUUGGAUAUAAAGUUCUGCACCUUUGUGCAAGAGUUGCCAGAAGAUAUAGGUCACUUGGAAGCUCUGGAAGAGCUUUAUAUCGAUGGAACGGCCAUUAGAGUCAUUGAUUUCCCAGAGGGUUCGUAUGGGAAGCUUAAAAUUCUGAGUGCUUGCAACUGUAAAUCCUUGUCUCUAUACGAUUCGAUUGGUAACUUGAAAUCUCUUUCGUACCUAGCAUUGGAUGAGACUGAACUCAGUGACCUCCCUUUUUCUAUGGGAAUGCUGGAGAAACUCCAGACGCUAUCUUUGAGAAACUGCAGGAAGUUGUGGAAACUGCCAGAUUCCAUCGGAAACCUCAGGGAGCUGCAACUCAUGGAUCUUUCGUACACGUUAGUCAAUGAACUCCCUUUGUCUGUCAAGGAUAUGAGAAACUUGAAAGUAUUAAAGAUGGCUCACACUUUUAUUAGAGAAUUUCCUGGAGGCAUCAAGAAUCUAGAGAGGCUAGAAGAGAUAGAUUUCUCGGAUUGCAAAAGUUUAACGGGGGAAUGUGACAUUACGGGAUUAUCGUCUUUGCGGGUUUUACUUCUAGAAAAAACUGACAUUUCUCAGGUCAUUGAGACGGAUGGUCAAUACUCUAAUUUCCCAAACCUCAAACUAGAUGGCAGAUUUCACAUCUCGAAAGAUGGAAAUUCAAAAGGAGCACAGCAUUAUUUCAAUGGAUGUGAUUGUGAGACUAAGACACGGUUCCAGGCUGACGGACAUCACAUCGGCAUGCAGAUUCUGAUCAGUGACCGAAGCAAGGUGGCGGUCAGACAGAAGCAAGAAAGUUCCCAGGGGACGAGGCUUAGCUAAAGAAGAAGAGUUCGCGCCCGUCUCUUUAAUUCUAAUUUUGUAACUGAUCGAGCAUGUCAACUGAUCUUCCUGCAAUUACGGCUA